AUGGACCACGGUCAGGACAGUCAGGAUGACCCGUUUGACUGGUCCGUGGACCAGGUUGUGCAAUACCUGUGCGAUAACAACUUGAGGCCAUGGACUGUAUCAAGAAAUCCCAGCUCUUUGCCAGAUUCGACGUUAUUUGAGGCAGCGCUUCGGGAACAUGGUAUCACCGGGGAAGUGUUGCUCAAUGGACAUCUUGAAAAUUUCUUCAGAAACACCUUGAAACUGAAAGAGGGUCCUUUCUACAGUGUCGAUAGAGCAAUACAACAUGCAAGACGGAAUUCUGCUAAAUACUUAGCCCAUAUAAGCCAAGAGCGUCAAUAUUAUGCUGCAGCAAUAACGCCUAUGAUCGCCAAUAAUAUACCCCCGCCUCUCAUUUUUAACGCUGGCUCAAUUUCUAAUUUUGUCACACCUCAUCGGGAUGUCUCUCACUCGGGGUCUUUGGUCAACAGCUUUCACCUUGCAUCCACUGGAGACCGACAAGCAAACGAACAGCUACUUGCCGGGUUACAGACUAUUCAAGCCUCACCGUCACCUAGACCAACCAAUUUGAUUGAGACUAGAUCAUCAGCUGAGCCUUCAGCUACUAUGAACAAUGCAGAUCGUCAAGAAAUCACUCCUAAAUCUUCGCCCCGUAUUCGACACUAUGAACACAUCCAUAUUGACGAAGAUGGCCGAAAACGGAGACGUCUUGAUAUUGCCCCAAAGGAACAGCAACCCUCAAUAGAAUCUCCCGUUGAGAUUCAACAGCAGGAUCCUCAUACUUGGUAUAUUGGGCCUAAAAAAUUUGACCCAGCUGAUAUUUUCUAUCCUAUUCAAGCUGAUUCGAAGGAUGAUAAUUUGAAUGUGUUGGCUUCUAAAUUUUCAACAGGUCAACGCCUAUUUGUUAAACGGAAGCUUCUACGCUUUUAUCGACAGCCAGCAGUGAAGCUGAGUGCCCAAGGGAGUUCUCGUCGAACAGCAGUGUUUCCUUGCGAUAGUAAUGGCCUCUACUCUGAGAAACCUCGUUUCUUCACUUUGUACACCUCAUGUGGAGGGAAGGUCACUGUCACUAUGGAGUCUACAGCUAAAUAUGACGACCUCGUACAAGACACGAUUGACAUUAGCCCACCUGAUAGAAAGGUGGAUAACUUCGACUAUCUUCUCCAGAAAUAUCCAGCCAAAGAUGACGAAAUUACAUUCCCCGUAUUUGGAGACUCGGGCUCAGAAGGUGAAUACGAUUCAGAGACUUGGGAUGAGAUGAAUAUAGAACAAGAGGAAUUAGCGAUACAGGCACAGUCGGAGCCCAAAUUCUUAUCAUCCGAGAAAGUAGACAUGGUCAUUGAACAGUGCAUAAAAAGCUAUCUGGAAAAAUGGAAAGCCAAGCACAAACCAAAGCUUGCACUUGAAGUACAUAACCUGUGGCUUGACGCCUUCCAAAACAAAUGCCGAAAUUCCUGUAUUAAAGCUAUACUAGAUGAUAUCAACCGCUUGAAAUCACGACUGCAAAAGAUCAAGGAUGAACUUCAUGGUCAUGAUUGGGCCGAUCCGUCACACCUCACACACCAGUGCCAAAGUAUGGAGCAGACAAUUUACGGUAUUGAAGCUCAAAAGUGGCGUAUGUCUGUCUUGGAAUCAUCCCAAUGCCCGCCGAAACCUCCGGCCAAAUCUUCAGCUGCGAAGUUAAAAAAGAAAGUGGCCAGAGCUCAACCCGAUGAAGAAUCACUUGACUCCAGCUCCGACGACGAAUCUCUCAAUGAUUUUAUUGUUAUCGACAUGGAGAUUGAUGCACAGAGUGAAGGGGGCCAUGAUGUAUCCCCUAACGUGCCUAAACCAAGUCCCCAACCUACUAUUGAUUUCCAGAGUAUUACAGAUUCUAGACGUGCAUCUGUAUCUUCGAAAGCUAUGGGUAUUUCUACUCAUGAAAACGCCAGCAGUCCUGCCGACAACAGCAACCAUGCUUCUGAUCUCGCGAAUAACCAGACUCGCUGCGGUUUCUACUAUUCUUCUGAUGAUGAAACUGACAGGAGCACACCACCACCACCUGCUGUGAAUUUCGAAGACGUCGAAAUCAUCGAUUUGACUGGAAGUCCUCUGUCAGCAGUUCCCUCACCACUAGAGGGGAUGUCUCGAGAUAAUGCACCACCUGGAUCUAUUUUAAGGUCUAGUCCGUCACGGAGGCUUGAGUUAGGUUCCAAAGACAAUCGUGAUGAAAAUCGGAAACAUUUUCAGCCAAUAUCAAAGGAGCUAGGUGUUUCGAAAUUGGAAUCUCGGCCUUCAAUCCCAAAUUUGCACGAUCGAAAAAAGCUCUUGAGGUUAUUGAUAAGACUACUUCCUGAGCUUACUCGUUCCAAAAUGCUUGAGGCAUUUACUAGUUAUUCCUCUGUGCGAUUCAAGAGGCUCAUCAAGGAAGGUCUCGAUGAAAUUGGCAAGAGCACGUCAAAGAUUCGUUCUCUGAAUGAUCUUGAAAGUGAUUUGGUCAUGCGAGCUACGACACUAUACAUUGGAUGGAUAGCUUGUCAGCGUUUGUGGGGAUCAGGUAUUCCAAAGAAACUCGUUAGGGAUGCUUCCAUCAAUAUAGACGAGAACAACCCCACCGCAGAAAUAAGCUUUGAAACAUUUAAGUCGCAGCUUUUAGAGAUCCUCCGCCACUACGAUAUACAUUCACAUGGGAGCACACUUCUCAAUCCCAGCUCGGGGGCGUCUUCCUAUACCGAUGAUUCAGGGAGAUCCGAUAACGAUGAUGAAUCGCACCCUUUCCCUUCUCGUUCUCGGGUGACCCCUAAAAAGAGAAAAAGGCUUGUGAAAGAAGAUCAAGCUGUGAAGAGCGGGCAGGCUGCAGCCAAGCAGCGAGUUGAGGUGCAAGAGCAGCAACGAAAAAUCCUCGAACAGCGGUUGGAACUUACAGGCGUCAGUAACGAUGAUCCAGAGCACCAUCCUAUAAGCUUCGAACAGCCCACCAUCUUCCUUCAUCCUCACAUUGGUCGACGCGUGAAGCCACACCAACUCUCGGGAAUUCAGUUUAUGUGGCGAGAGUUGGUACAGAACGAAAAACAUGAUGGCUGUCUUUUGGCACAUACCAUGGGCUUGGGUAAGACUAUGCAAGUAAUAUCGUUAUUGGUUACAAUUGCUGCCGCCGCACACUCGCCAGACCCUUCAAUUCGAAAUCAAGUGCCUGAGUCUUUUCGUCGUUCUCAGACAUUAAUAUUAUGCCCUCCCUCCUUAAUCGAGAAUUGGUACGAAGAAUUCUUAAUGUGGACGCCAAAGGAACAUGGUUUAGGCCCCAUACAAAAAGUUUCCUCAGCCGAUUACCCUGAGGAUAGGGUCUCUAUUGUCGACUCCUGGAAUUCGAAUGGAGGUAUUCUGAUCUUGAGCUACCAUCUUUUCCGUACGUGGGUUGGCCAAAAUACGGUAUCGGAGCACGUCAGAAUUAGAGAUCAGCUGUUGAAGGGACCUCGAAUUGUUGUUGCAGACGAAGCUCAUCAAAUGAAGAAUAGCAGCUCCUUACUUGCCCAGUCUGCGGCUUUGAUAGAAUCAAAAAGUCGUAUUGCCCUUACAGGCUCUCCUCUGGCUAACAACCUAAUGGACUACUACGCGAUGGUAAACUGGAUAUCACCCAAGUAUCUGGAUGACGUUCGUGUGUUUCGCGCGAAAUACGUGGAGCCAAUCGAACAAGGGCUAUUUUUCGACAGCAGCUAUUAUGAGCAGCGGAGAUCACUCAAAAAAUUACAAGUGUUAAAGGAGAUAUUGACCCCUAAAGUCAGUCGGGCAGAUAUCUCAGUCCUGGAGAGAAGUCUUCCAAAAAAAAUCGAAUUCGUUAUCACUAUUCCUCUGACGCAAGUUCAAAAAGAGGCUUACAAUCGAUAUGCGACCGAUCUUUUGUCAGGGAACUCAGGUAUCAAGGCUACGAGUAUCAACAUUCUUUCAUGGCUGGCCAUUUUAGGCCUAUGCUGCAACCAUCCUAUCUGCUUCUACGACAAGCUCCAGAAGCGAGCCGAAGAGCCGCAGUCAAAGAACCUAUCUGAUGUCGACCAAGAAUUGUCCCCAGUGGAUGUAUCGCUGAGUUCUCUUGGAUUCAAUGAUGCAAUGUGGAAUCAUCAUAAAAAGUUGCUUUCGGUGUAUACCGACCUCGAGGAUCCAAAAUAUUCUCAUCGAGCCGAGAUUUUCAUUAAAAUCGUUGAAGAGUCCGUUCGCGUGGGAGACAAGAUUCUUUGUUUUUCACAAAGCAUUCCCACUCUGGACUAUCUCGACAAACUCCUUCGCUUGUCAAAAACUAAAUUCAGUCGACUGGAUGGGUCCACUGCAGGGAAUAGUCGCCAGGCAGCCAUCAAAGCGUUCAAUCGCGAUCCAAACAUCAAAAUUUACCUCAUAUCAACGCGUGCUGGGGGGCUUGGGUUAAAUAUUACCGGCGCGAACCGUGUGAUUAUCUUUGAUUUUGGCUUCAAUCCUACAUGGGAGGAGCAGGCAGUUGGUCGAGCGUACCGUCUCGGUCAACAUAAACCAGUCUACAUAUACCGCUUUCUGGCCGGUGGAACGUUUGAAGAGAUCAUACACAACAAGUCAAUCUUCAAAACUCAAUUGGCUAUGCGCGUAGUCGACAAGAAAAACGUUGAGCGUUCUGCUUCAAAGUCUCUGGGAGAUUACCUUUUCCUUGUGAAAGAUGUUGGCAAUGAGGACGUCUCUGAAUACAUCGGAAAAGAUCCUGACGUUCUAGACAAGAUUCUUCUAAGUGAUCAGUCUUCUCGCAUCCUGAAUAUUGCGCUCACCGAAACGUUCUGUAGGGAGGAUAACGAGAAACUCACAGAAGAUGAACAGAAAGAAAUCCAAGAAGAACUAGAACUGGAGCUGCUCAGGCAGUCCGAUCCCGUAGCUUAUGAGAGGAAAAUUCGGUAUUAUCUGCCAGUCAAUGCAGCGAAUAAUGUGCCGCAUCACUCUGCACUUCUACCACCGCAACAUCAUCCACAAUCAGGCUUUUAUAUACCAGCUGAUGGCUUGACAGCUGCUUUCGACACCGCCGGACAGGCUAUCAGUCAUACGCCUACUUUCAACACCCGUCCCAGCAAUGCAGGACCACCGCCCAUUCCCCCGAACAUGAUCUCGGGAUUUCGAUUUCAGACCAGCACAACCGAGAGUCCUGCCGAAGCCUUUACAUUGAUUUCAAACUCAACUCCCACCGAAGAUCAUUCAUCAGGCCUCCCCGAACCCGUCUCGCUAGAGUCUCUAACUGGACGAGUUUCGGACGAUUAG